AUGGAUAGGUCUUACGAUAUUAGCUUUAGCACCUAUGAAGAUCUUUCCACUAAUUCGAAUAGAAAAGGGGACAUCAGCAUCAGCGAACAACUUGCCGGUUUCGAAAGGUUACGUGUGUCGGCUCUGACAAAAGCUGCUGAAAUGAGUCCUCUAGUCAAAGAAGUCACCAUUGGACCAAGAAGUCCACAAAAAAAGGAUAUAAAACUAGUAAAAGAACCAGAGAAAAUAACUAAAGAGGAAAAUUAUGGUGAAGAUUUGAUAGAGGACAAGUUACGCGAAGACCUUAGGUAUACACUUAUUAUGAAAAAAUAUGAAAACGACUUACGAGAAGCGUCUUCAGAAAACUUCAAUACUUUGCUUGAAAAUAUGAAAAAGAAACGAGUUCAUUUUUUGACAAAUAUUUCUACACAACAACGUGAAGAACUUAAGAGGCAGGCGUUAGAACGAAAAGCACGUAAAAUUGAAAUGCUCAAGAAGUUACAGGAUAAUGACAAUCAAAAUGUGUUAAAUAAAGCUCGUUUAGAUGAACAAAAUAGUCAAAUAAUCAACACACAAACAAUUGAAAACAUGAACAGAAUAAUUGAAGAACAAAACAGGGCCACUGCUAGGUCUGCUGCAUUAAGUGAGAACUUCACUAAAAUAUGUGAAUGCUACAAAGAAAUAUCAAACAUCUUGAACAUUGAACCAUUAGCUCAGAACAUCUGUGACAAAUUCUCCACUGCAACAAAAACAGUAGUUGAUAAUAUUUAUCAUAUCAUACAAAUAUGCAAAACCAAUGGAGUAUCUGAUAAAGAUGUGAAGCAAGCUGAGAUUCUCUACAUGAACAUAGAAAACAUCAAAGGGAAAAUAUUGGGAGAAAUUGAAAUAAUGAAACAACAAGAAGCCUUGAAAAAACAAAAGGAAGAAGAGGAACUGUUACGGAAAAAAGAACAAGAAGAGAAGGAGCUACAAAACCGUAAAGCAGCAGAAAUGGCAGCGGCCGCUGAAGCUGAAAGACUCAAAAGGGAACAACCUAAAAAGACAAAACCAGUAUUUUAUUCUGCUAAAAAUUAUGAAUAUUAUGAGAAACUUAGAAAUGAACUGGAACAGUAUGAAGCUCAAUAUAAAGACUUAUUACAGGAUGUCAAUUACAAGAAAUUUAGAUUUGACUGUCAAAAGGCAGUGAAUACUCCAGUGAAUGCAUUAUCAUCAGUCAGUGCAGUGCAUAUGAGGGACAAGUAUGACAAACUUUCAAAGUUACUGAAAGGAGAAAGAGUGCAAGUAUUGGAUACUCACAUAACGGCAACACAGCAUCCACAGGGUUUGUUUUAUUGCACAGCAUUGCUAGCAAAGAAAAUUGUGAGGCAAGGAGAUCUGCUAGUAUCAAGUAGUACAGAAGCUGCCUACCCAUUAGCUGCUGUUACUGUUGCUUUGUGGUCUCAAUUCCCACAAUUUGGUAGACUAGUUGAAGCAAACUUUCAUAGAUAUUGCCCUUACUUAGUACCUAUGUACUUGCCCCAGAAAGAAGGCCAGACCGUCCAAGAGUUCUACUUAUCAAGAGGUUAUACAUACACUGAUGGAGUUGUUGAGAAACAAGACAAAUUCCUCAAGAGAAUGUCGGGAAUAUUCAGGUUACGUUGUGCUAUAUGGAUUGCCACAAUGCCCAAGUUCAUUAAUACGCCUAAUCCUAAUGGUCUUAGAUACGGAUGGCAAUGGCUAGCAUCCUUUUUGAAUUUAAAACCUGAACCAGAUAUUUCUGCUACGUUAGUGCAUGAUUUCUUUAUUAUGUGUGGUUCACAAUGUGAUAAACAUUAUGGUAGACAAUUUAGAAAAAUAUUGGAACUUACAAAUAAUCAGUAUCUAAAGGUACUGGAGAAUAUUGAUGAAGGAGGACCCAAGACUAGAUUGGAGGUUUACUUGCAGACUGUCAUACAGUCUAAUGUGCCGGCACAACCGGAAUCCACCAAAAUAAAUUGGUGA